CUGAACGAACGAUUGCAGCAUCUUUCCUGAGAGACUACAAACAAUUCGCAUCUCCCUCUAGCUUUGUAUCCAUUCUCGGCAUUCUCUUCCCUUUGGACCGUCCUGAAAACCCACCUCUUGCCCUCCAACAUCGACUGCAGGGUGUCUUCAUGCACGAAAGGACGACCGGAUAGAACACCAUAUUUUUAUUUCAGCACUUUUCCUUUCCCUUUAUUUAUUUAACCUCUUUUGUCGUCUGUAUAUUUUUGUUUUGAUCUUUUAUUUUGUUGGCCAUUGCCUAACCGCAAUACAGAGAGGAGCGCCAUCGUUCUCCAUUGCCUGAUAGGAAUAUUGCCGUGGAGUGAAAUAACACAUAUGAAGAAAUUAAUGGAAGAUUAAAUUAGCCUACGUUCUACAACACGUUUAUAGUAUCUGGAACGGGACAUAAUUUAUCUGUUCAUUGGAUUUUUGUUGAGGUUUACGUUCCAUACGCAGCGCAAGCAUCGUCUUCCUCCGUCAGAACAAAUAACCCAUACUCUGCGUAGCAUCUCGGUGUUCUCUGAAAAGGCGAGGAUAACGCGCACGAUAUUUCAUUCGCAAGAAUAUACGCAUUUUCGAUUUUUGAAUCGCUUCGUCUAUUUAAAUACAUUUUUUUUCAAUAGGCUACGUUGCAUAAAGGGAUAAACGCAUUUUCACCCAACCUACUUUUAAAAUGAUGGCCGGCGGGGCAGUACAACAAAACGGGGUUUUCUUGAAUCCUCACCAUCACAAUCAACAGCCGCACAUGGAGUCAGAUCCCCCUGAUUCGCGCAAAAGGCCACUGGAGACCCCAACCGAGGCUAGCAGCACUAAACGCACAAACACGGGAGUGGCCUUCCUGCAGCCCCUUUUUGAAACUGAAGGCAUUGUAUUCCCUCACCAGGAAUCACACUCUGAGGCACAUGAGGAAGGUGAGUACUUCCUGAAGGUGCUGAUCCCCAGCUAUGCGGCCGGCUCAAUCAUUGGCAAGGGAGGACAGACCAUCGUCCAGCUGCAGAAAGAGACCGGCGCCACCAUCAAACUGUCCAAAUCCAAGGACUUCUACCCUGGCACGACAGAGCGGGUGUGUCUGAUCCAGGGGACAGUGGAGGCUCUGAAUGGAGUCCAUAACUUCAUCGCUGAGAAGGUGCGGGAGAUGCCACAAAGCACCCAGAAAUCCGAACCGGUCAGCGUAAUGCAGCCACAGACCACCGUCAACCCUGACCGCAUCAAACAGGCCAAGCUGAUAGUACCAAACAGCACAGCAGGUCUGAUCAUUGGUAAAGGUGGAGCCACAGUCAAGGCCGUCAUGGAGCAGUCAGGCGCCUGGGUGCAGCUCUCCCAAAAACCAGAGGGCAUCAACCUGCAGGAGCGCGUGGUCACCAUUAGCGGAGAGCCCGAGCAGAACCGUAAAGCCGUGGAGAUCAUUGUUCAGAAGAUCCAGGAGGACCCCCAGAGCAGCAGCUGCCUCAACAUCAGCUACUCCAACAUCUCUGGCCCUGUGGCCAACUCCAACCCCACCGGCUCCCCCUACGCCAACUCAGCCGAGGUGAACCCCGCUGCUGCUGCUGCCGCCGCUGCCACAGCCUCCAGCCUCCUGGGUCAGGCCACCAUGCAGAGUAUGGGCGGCUUCCCCACCACCAUGGGUCCCAGCUUCUCAGGCAACGACCUCCUGACCAUCACCUCGGCCCUCAACACGUUAGCCAGCUACGGCUACAACACCAACUCCCUGGGCCUGGGGCUCAACCCCGCGGCAGCCUCAGGAGUCCUGGCCGCCGUAGCGGCUAGCGCUAACCCCGCCGCGGCUGCCGCUGCAAACCUCCUGGCAUCCUACGCCAGCGAUGCCUCCACCAGCGCAGGCCACCAGGCCGCCUCCCUGGGAGGCUUCACCCUGGGCUCGCUGGCCGCGGCCACUGGGGCCACCAACGGCUACCUGAGCGCCUCAUCCCCGCUGAUGGCACAAUCCCUGAUGGCCACUGAGAAGCAGAUGCAGGAGGGGGCCAAGGACGUGGUGGAGAUCGCUGUUCCCGAAAACCUGGUAGGAGCCAUCUUGGGGAAAGGAGGGAAAACGCUAGUGGAGUACCAGGAGCUGACUGGAGCCCGGAUCCAGAUCUCCAAAAAGGGAGAGUUCAUUCCCGGCACCCGGAACCGUAAAGUUACCAUAACCGGCUCUCCGGCGUCAACGCAGGCAGCUCAGUAUCUGAUCAGCCAACGGAUCACGUAUGAGCAGGGUGUGCGCGCCACCAACCCACAGAAGUUGGGCUAGAAAAAGGGAAUGGAAUGGAGGAAAACGAGUGGGGGCUUGGGGAGUAAUGCAAAGUGAGAGAGAAAGGGAGAGGAGAGCAAGAAUGUUGGAAGGAAUCGUUCACACGUUUUUUCGUGUUUCAGUAUUGUAAAAAAUGAUGUGACGCAAAAAAUUUGCUCGGAGAGAGGAGAAAGUGUAAUGCGGAAUACAAAUGAAAAUAAGGUGUAAAAUGUAAAUACGGUUUUAUUACUUAAGUCUUGAUCUUUCGGGAUUUUUUAUUGUUUUGUCUUUUUGUUCUUUUGUUUGUUUGGGUUAUUCUCCGGACAGUGGUGAAUGCGAUUUUAAACUGGCAUGCUGCCGCGCUGCAGUUUGGAAAAGGGGGGCGGUGGGGGUACUGGGGGCCGACCCCCAUGGAAUCAGCCCCUUCCCCACCCCCAUUCCUGUGUAGCUCACUGAUUUUUUUUCUUCAGAUUUGCCUUCAGUUUCAAUUUGCCCCUUACCCUGCCCCCCCCACACACACACUUUUCACCCUCCCCCUACAAGGGUCUGAGAAGACUGCAAACAAGUGCUUGGUUUGAGAUCUAAGGAAAAUCCCUGUAGUUGAUGACAUCCCCCUCCUUUCCCCCAUCCUCGCCCCUCUCACAGCCCCCUCCCCCUUGUUUUGGGCAAAAGAGGUUGAGAGAUGUGCCCUCCUAUCCCUAUAGCCUCGCGCCUUAGGUUCUGAUUUAGCCAGAUGCAUGCUAUGCCACGCUCCUUAUUUAUAUAUGGGAUGCUCGUGUUUCGUAUGUAGGACGAAGGCAGAGACGCGUGGUGCAUCUCAUUGGGUCAGAAUUCUAGCGUAGCGCAAGAGUACAUAUAGAGGUUGGGGCAUUUUUCUCAACAAGGUUUGCAGUCUGAUAUUAUGAUUAUUAUUAAGAUUAUUAUAGAUAUCAUCAUCAUUAUUUAUUAAUAUGAUUUCACCCAUAAAGUUCGGUAUUUUCCUUGUUUUUUUUUAAUCUGUGAAUUCAGGUUGACAUGAAUGUAAAGACUAUUUUUGAUUUGAUUUGUUUAAUUUAAGUGGAUUUAAUAGUAUGUCACGUAGUGUAAUAUACAGUAUGUCUUAUUUAAGACCAGUAAAAACUGCACCAUAAGGACCACUACAGUGACGACGAAGAGGAAGGGUUAGCUUUGAUAUCCAGCAAAGAGCAGGACAGUAAAUAUUCACAUUAAAACACACACACACACAAACCCUCUGAUGCCAUUUCAGUGCUAAAAAGGAUUAUAACAUAUCUACAUGGCAGAUUACGGUGGAAUCAAGCAGACUAGUCUCUAUAUACAUACAUAGCUGCACAAUGAAAAAUGCCACUUGCACAACAGGCCCAAGAGCAGCGUUCACAUUCUUGCAGGAACAAAGUUCUCUAAUAACGUCAACCCCCGAAGUUGUUUCAAUGUUGUGUGAGCUCAGAUUUCUCUCCUCUCUCUCCAGCUUAGUCUGUGUCCCUCAACAUUGUGAAAAGCCAAAGUGUUGUUGGGACUGUAGGGCCAUAGCCGUCUCCACUGAGAUAUCCAGCGAGCGCUGCUCUUCUGCCUGUGGCACUAUAACUCUAACUGUCUAGACAGGCCAGGCGAGACACUAGGAACAAGAGCACUUAGAACCUAGAGGUGGUGGCCCCGCCAGGAUACGUACAUACUACUGAAAAAUACAAACACUGAAGAUGAGAAAGUUGAUAGUUGAAAUGAUCUCACUAGGGUCCAACCAGAUUGCCAGGCCCCGUCUCAUUGCAAACUGAUCUAUUUCAAGGUAGUUCAUAUUUAGAAGUAGUUUUCCCUAAUACUUGCUCUUAUCAAGCAGUGUUCUUCUGUCCACGAUGAACGGGGGGAAUGUAAGGUGGUACGGUCUGUUGGGCGUUAACUACAAGUCUGUCUAACGGUUGUGGGUUAUUCUGAUUUUGGAAAACUGUAGGGACCUCCCACUACACACUCCCUGCAAUGGAUACUACCCACUAACCUAUAAGCUGCUAAAGAUGUUUUGGUUUGUUUUAUCUUGUUUUGGUUUUUUUUGCAAUCGGAGUACACUGAAGUCCAUCUUAAUGCACUGUGAAGUGUGGGUAUCUUUUUCUCUGCCCAUGAGGUCAGGGCUGUGUGCUGUAGGAGCUUGGUCACAGGCAAAUGUCUUGUUAUUAUUAUGUCAGGGAAAUGUACACGUGAAAAUACCAGGCAACUACGGGAAUCAUAUCUCAUGAACAAAACACUAUUUGCAUAUAAUAUCAGUUCUCAGUUAGACAUGCAAGACGAGGAAAGAGUAUUCGUGUUUCUAAACACUUACGUUGAAACCCGUGAUCCUGGAUUGAGGCUUUGGAUGCGCUUUGACUCAGUUUGGCAUUGAAAGUAAU